AUGGGACUCCGACUACUGCACUGUGCAGACUACCAUCCAAACUGCUCCAAAAUAAAUACAACCGUUGAUGCAAAUCCAGACAUUGCGGGGAUAGGUGUGAUUGUAGGCUUCUUAACAACAACCUGCCUCGCCUUUCUAAUCGCCUUUACCGUGCUAUUCCUCGACCGUUACGCCAAGAUCGUAAACCUAAUCCGCAAACACAUCACGCAGCGACGCAAUCCCACCAACUACGAGGAUGAUCCCUUAGGGCCAUACUGGCGCUCACCGGGAUUCUGGAGCCGAGUUCUGAGCAAGAAUCUGCUCUCCUUUUCCGACACCCAACUCUUGACUGGCUUAGCCAUCCAAUUCACAGCCAUGUUACAACACUGCAAACUCACAAUCUACCACUUCCAAAUCGUCACCGAACUCGCCUUUCUCACAACCGUCACCCAUCUCCUCACUGUAGUCACCCUCCGAAACUACUUCGUCAAAUACCGAUGGAUUAACCUACCCCGUAUCUUCAGCAUGCUCGGAAACCUCGCGCUAUUGGGGUACACGUCGUUCGUAGCUUAUUCCUACGAUAUCGCCGGCUUAGAACUAAGCUCUAGCCUUGCCUGCUUCUACAAGGGCCAACGUCCCCCCUUCAAGGCCGCCUUCGGUGGUCGCUGGGCCGCACUUCUUGUCGGCGCAAUAGGCGGACACGUCACUGUCAUCGCAGCUAUGUACUUCCUCCCUGAGACCGUCCUCCAGUCUCCAGCGCGCAAGUGGAAGGGGUGGAAGUGGUUCGGAGCGAUUUUCCGGACUUGGUUCAUCGCGCCCAUUUAUGCAGUGUAUGGAUUUGUAAUGGCUGGGAUUUCGUUGCAGAAGACGCAGGCACUGGGAUCAGCGAGCGUGGUGAUUAAUGGGAGUGAGAAGGAAUGGGGGUUUGGGCAGUUUUUGCCCAUUUUGUUGUUGGCGUUGCCGCUUUUUGCUGCGUGGGAGAGCUUUUGGGAAGAAAAAGACGAAGACCGCGACAAUCGCUUCUCACGCUCAACUCGGCCAUCACAAACGUCACAAAUCAUGCUGCAAAACAUGCCUGCGAAUAAGAUGCCACGUGCAGAUGGGCACUCCACAAGAGACAACUCUCCUCUAGAGCGAACAAUAGAAAGCAAUGGCCCGAGCCCAACUGGAACCCCGAGGCAAAUGCCAACGUCGCGCGGUUCGUCGUUGAGCCCGCAUCCUACGCCACUUGGGAGUCCAAAUCUAGAGAUCCCGCGUCAGCCUGCGAGUCCGCGUUUGAUUCAAACGAGGACUACGGGAUCGAAUUCCAGUUCGGGUACAGGGCAGGAGCAGAUGCAGGUGCAGAUGCAGGCGCAGUAG